AUGACCAGUACGGAGUCCUCACUGUUCACAGCCUUAGGCCCCCACUCAGAUCCUGACGACAGUGAGGUGGAGCUGGACUGCCGGUUUAAUGAGGAGUUCAAGUUUAUCCUGCUGCCCGUGAGCUAUGCAGUUGUCUUUGUGCUGGGCCUAGGCCUCAAUGCCCUGACCAUCUGGCUCUUCCUCUUUCGCCUCCGACCGUGGGAUGCGACAACCACCUACAUGUUCCACUUAGCUUUGUCAGAUACUUUGUACGUCCUGUCGCUGCCCACCCUCGUCUACUAUUACGCAGCCCGCAACCACUGGCCCUUUGGCACUGGGAUCUGCAAGUUCAUCCUCUUUCUCUUCUAUUGGAACCUCUACUGCAGCGUCCUUUUCCUCACCUGCAUCAGCGUACACCGCUACCUGGGCAUCUGCCACCCUCUGCGGGCGCUGCGCUGGGUCCGCCCACGCCUUGCUGGCCUUCUCUGCCUGGCAGUUUGGUUGGUCGUAGCUGGCUGCCUCGUGCCCAACUUGUUCUUUGUCACCACCAGCCCUAAGGGGGACAUCAUCUUGUGCCACGACACCACCCGGCCUGAGGAGUUUGACCACUACGUGCACUUCAGUUCGGCAAUCAUGGGGCUGCUCUUUGGCGUGCCCUUCCUGGUCACUCUUGUCUGCUAUGGGCUCAUGGCCCGGCGCCUGUAUCGGCCCUUGCCAGGGGCUGCCCAGUCAUCUUCCCGUCUGCGCUCGCUGUGCACCAUCGCUGUGGUAUUGACUGUCUUUGCCGUCUGCUUCGUGCCUUUCCACAUCACCCGCACCGUUUAUUACAUGGCGAGGCUGUUGGAAGCUGACUGCUGGGUGCUGAACAUCGUCAACAUGGUCUACAAAGUGACUCGGCCUCUGGCCAGUGCCAAUAGCUGCCUGGAUCCUGUGCUCUAUUUGCUCACUGGGGACAAGUAUCGACGUCAGCUCCGGCAGCUCUGCAGGGGUGGCAGGCCCCGGCUCCCCACGGCUGCCUCCUCUCUGGCGCUGGUGUCCCUGCCUGAGGACAGCAGCUGCAGGUGGACAGCCACCCCCCAGGAUGGCGGCUUGGGCAGAUAG